UUUCCUUCAGUCGCUCCUGCUGCUACUUUCAGCCAGGAGUUGCAUUCCGCGGGUCAAGCUGAAACCAUUUCAGCUUCUGCAAACUCGCAUUGCUCUGCUCGCGUCAGAACAGCCUUGGGCUCUGUUCGUGCCGAGCAAGGAGCUCUGAGUCCCCGCUGGGCCUUGUGCUAGCCUCGUCGUAACGUAAUCGCGUGACGACCUCUUUGUGGUCAGUUCAGAUCCUAACACCAUGUUGACAAUCUUCCACAAGGGUGUGGCUCCUAGCCAACCCGCUCUCGACUGUGCUCUCGCUGACGCGGCGGAUCCGAGUAAAGUUCACUCUGGGAGUGAGGCUCUCGGGGAGUUUCUAAAGAGCCAUCCGUCAGCUACAGUGCUGCAUUUCGACGACAACCUCGAGAUUGCCUUCACAGGAGACGGUGGCAGACAAUUUGCUUCUUGCGACGACAACUUUUGCACCUUCAUCGGCAAUCUCGAGAACCUCGCGCAAAUGCGGGUAGCGUACGGCCUCACCCGGUACCGAAUCUCCGAGGCUGCAUUCUUCCGGGGUCCUUUUUCGUUUGUCCUGUACGACCAGAAGCAGAAGAAGGUGUUUGUCGCUCAGGACGCGUAUGGGAAGCGGCCUUUAAGAUGCGCUACAGACAAAUGUCGCAAGUGGGCAGCGAGUGCGAUCUGACUGCCAUCUAAUCCAGGCUU